AUGGCCACGCUAGAUCAGCAACUACAACUACAGCAGCAUCAUACACAUCCGAAAUCACAUCUCAACCUCGUCAAAGACAUGCAUCCCAUGAGCAGAAACAUUGAUUGCGAAGUGCUAGUUCUUCAGAAAGAUGGUGAUACGACUAUCACACGUGAUGGGGAUCAGAUAAAUAGGUAUUUAGUAGCGGAUAGGACUGCGUCAAUUCUCCUGAAUGUAUGGGGUGAGGCAGGUGAAUACAUACAAGGUGGAGAUAUUCUGCGUAUUACAGGAGCUGAUGUUAGGCUUCGAAAAGGUCAACUCAUCAUGGGGACAACAAAGACAUGUAAAAUUAGACGAAUCGGACAAGAUACGAUGCCAUUUGUAGAGAAGCCCAAUAUGUCUGAGGUAGCCUUCAACAGUAAUAGUAAUAAUAGUUGGUCUAGGAUCAAUGAUCAACAGCAACAACAGCCAUCUCAGCAGCAACCGUCUUAUAAGCAAUCAAACCGUAUACCCACCAAUAACAUGCAUAAUAGACCACCGAGAGGAUAUCAGAAUCAUCCCUAUAACAAUGCGAAUAGUAAUAAUGGCCAUCGAGGUGGUGGAGGUGGAGGAAGAAGAGGACAGUACCAUGAUAGUCAUCGAGGAAGAGGCGCAAGAUUUCAACAAGGCAUAGACAAUCCAAUUUUAUAG